AAAGGUAAGACUCUGUUUCAUCGACUCGUUUUACUAGUUUCGUUCGGCCAUUAAGCAGCGGUGAACAUACUCUCGGUGCAAAAAUAAUUUUCAUACGUAACCUCGUUCCGUUUCACCACCGUACAGUGAAUCUUGCAUCGCGAGCCAGUCAGCGAAUAUGAAAGUGUUAAUUUUCGCCGCGUUCGCGGCUUUGUGUGCCCAAUCGGUGCUCAGCGUCGACCCACACGAACACAACAAGGUCGUGUGCUACUGGAACAGCACGGCCUUCGAGCGACAAGGCCCUGGAAAAUUCCAAUUGGACGAUGUCCGUCCAGCGUUGUCCCUUUGCACUCACCUGGUCUACGGAUUCGCGGGCAUCUCCCCCGAAAAUUUCGAGGUUCUUUCUUUGAAUCCUAAUCUCGACACUGGGGCUGGAUACGCUUACUACAGGCUCGUCACACAAUUGAGGAGAGACUAUCCAGAUCUGAAGGUCUAUCUUGGCAUCGGUGGCAAUGCUGAUCCUGUGGAGGACACCCACAAGUACCUGGCCGUUACCGAGACGUCGGAAUCGAGGUCGAAGUUCAUCAACUCCGUGAACAGGAUGUUGAAAGACUACGACUUCGACGGGAUCGAUCUUGCCUGGCAGUUUCCGGAAGUGAAAGUGAAGAAGCAACGCAGCACGUUGGGCUCGUUCUGGCACGGCGUGAAGAAGACCUUCGGCUAUGGAAAAUUCAAAGAUGACAAGGAACAGGAGCACCGUGACGGUUUCACCAUCAUGGUCCGCGACCUGAAGGCCCAACUGAGGCCCAAACUGAAGGCCCUGACGGUCACGGUUCUGCCCCACGUGAACAGCAGCAUUUACUACGACGCGAGACUGUUGGCGCCCAACAUCGACGCCGUCCAUCUAUUCACGUUCGAUCAGAAAACACCGAUUCGCAAUCCCCAGGAGGCCGACUACCCGGCGCCGAUUUACGAAAGCUUCGGACGCGUUCUCGACGACAAUGUUGACAGGACAACCAGUAUGGAUUCUUCCUCCAGGUAUUGGCUCGAGAACGGUACCCCGAGCUCCAAAAUCGUGGUGGGCAUCCCGACGUUCGCCAGGACCUGGAAAUUGACGUCGGAUAGCCAAAUAUCAGGCGUGCCACCCAUCGUCACCGACGGUCCAGGUGCCGAGGGGCCCCACACCAACAUUCCAGGCGUACUCUCCUACACGGAGGUGUGCAGCAGAUUGACGGAGAGCGCGGUUGGUCGCCUGAGACGCGUUGGGGACCCAUCGAAGAAGUAUGGAAGCUACGCUUUCCAGCCGUACGACGAGGCCAGCGGCGCUGAUGGCAUCUGGGUCGGAUACGAGGACCCAGACACGGCUGGAAACAAGGCCGCGUACGCCAAAGCGAAGGGUCUGGGCGGCAUAGCCAUUUUCGACUUGUCCCUGGACGAUUUCCGCGGCAUCUGCACCGGGGACAAAUUCCCCAUCAUCAGAGGCGCCAAAUACAAGUUGUAAAAAUCGCGACGCUCUUCCAGAAAAAUUUCCAAGUUCCCCGGAAUGAUUUUAAAUCUCCCGCCGCUUCUUAAUUCGCGGCUACCAGAAUAGAGAGGAAGGAAAGAGGGGAUUGUUAACAAUUUUUUUUUUAAUUUUUCGAACAAAUUCCGCCGGGGGUUGUGCCAUCUCUUGCAGUGACGUUAUUUCCAAGAAUUUCUGCGAAUGGUCUCCGUCUGGAUUCCUAGUGUUCCUCCUUUUCCUUUUACAAAACUUUCGAAUUUGUUCUCGAAAGUAAUCUUUACAAUUGUUCGACACUUUUUUAUAUUCCCAAGACGUAUGUAUUAGCAGAAAACCCAAAACAGAGCACGUAAAAUAGAUAUUAUACUUUUCGAAA